UGUGGGUGGUCGGUGUCUCGCGAGAGUCGUGUGGCGGUAGCGGUCUCGCGCUGCCCCGGCCCGCUCCGCCCCCGGGUGCUUGGGCUGGCGGCGCCGAGCAGAGCCGAUUGCUGCUCUCCGCUGCGGUGGCGCCGAAAUGGGUCUGCUUUCAGAAGAUGCAAUGCACUAGAUGUGCUUGGAACAGGAUUAGUCAUGGCAUCAGAACUAUGUAAAACAAUCUCUGAGGCAAAGCUGGAAAGGCACAAGAACUUGUUCUUAAAUUACCGAAAUCUCCAUCACUUUCCUUUGGAGUUACUGAAAGAUGAGGGGCUGCAGUACUUGGAGAGACUAUAUAUGAAAAGAAAUUCCCUGACCACAUUGCCAGAAAACCUUGCACAGAAGCUUCCAAACCUCGUGGAAUUGUACCUUCAUUCAAAUAACAUAGUUGUUGUACCUGAAGCCAUUGGCUCCCUCGUUAAACUGCAAUUUCUGGACCUAAGUGAUAAUGCCCUCGAAAUUGUGUGUCCAGAGAUUGGCCGCCUGAGAUCUUUGCGUCAUCUUCGCUUGGCUAACAACCAGCUGAAAUAUUUACCUGCAGAGGUUGGAGACCUGAGGGAGCUGCAAACACUGGACAUCUCAACCAAUCGUUUGAUAACAUUACCUGAAAGGCUGCAUAUGUGCCUUUCUCUGCAGUACUUGACUGCAGACCGAAACCACCUGUGGUAUGUGCCCCGCCACCUGUGCCAACUACCAAGCCUCAAUGAGCUCUCCAUGGCUGGAAACCGCCUUGCGUUUUUGCCACUUGUGGUUGACAUCUUCUAUGCCAAAGAAUCCACUCUUCCUCAGCUAAAUUUAGGUCGUUCUCGGGAGCUACAGUAUGUUUAUGUGGAUAACAAUAUUCAUCUGAAAGGCCUCCCAUCUUAUCUGUAUAAUAAAGUCAUUGGUUGCAGCGGCUGUGGUUCUCCAAUUCAAGUUUCAGAGGUGAAACUACUCUCUUUUUCAUCGGGCCCGUUAACUGUGUUCCUGCCAGCAGAGGUGAAGUCUAUAGGGACAGAAACAGAUCAUGUGCUGCCUUUGCAAGAACUGGCCAUGAGGACCCUCUAUAACACCUACUACAGGUUUUUAAAAGAUUUGAACUUUCUGACUCCAAUCUCACUACCCAAAAGCCUCUUGGAAUUGCUGCACUGUCCCUUGGGACACUGCCACCGCUGCAGCCAGCCCAUGUUUACCAUUGUCUACCCAAAGCUCUUUCCCUUGAGGGAAACUCCAAUGGCAGGAUUGCAUCAAGGGAGGACAACUGUUAGUUUUGUGGCAUACUGCUGCUCCACCCAGUGUCUGCAGACUUUUGACCUACUGAGUUGAUAAACAUUUAAAACUACUCAGGAGAGCUGCCAGUUUAAAGCUGCAUUAGACGUCGUAUCCCAUUGGUACUCGAAUACUGUGUGUGUGCACUUGUGCCAAAGCAGCAGAAGUGCCCAGUCGGGAACACUAAGAAGCACUUAAAUCCUGCCGUAUCAAAUUUGGAUGAACUGCAGAAACUUUUCGGAAGUGUAAAUACCAAGCUUUUAAAAGUAUUAACUUCUCUCUCCUCCAAGGCAGCGGACAAACCAAACAAAUUCACAAGCUCUGACUUCAGGAUUUCCAGUAUUUUUCAAAUGUGGCUGUCUUCAGGUUGACCCAUUGCAUCAUUUUAGGCAGUUUUCAUUCCUCUAACAGGCUGGGGGGGGGGGGGGGAAGGAAAGGUGCAGUUAUGAUAAACCCGUUUUCACUUACUCCCCCUGCUCAUCCUCGUCUCCCCUACAGAUGGAUUCAGGUGUAUAAAUCUAAGUCUACCAAAACCUUUGAAGGAUCCCAGUGACUUUCCCAUAGAAUUUAGCUUCAUUUACUCCCUCUCAUAAUAUUUUUUCCUGGCAGAGUUAUCCCAGUUGUAUACCAGCUCUUUGAUAGUUAACUGUUCUAUUUAAAUCCACGUAUUAAAAGCAGAUCUUUCUUUCUGGUAUCAUUAGAAGCCACACUGAUUUAAUUGGAGUAACUAGGUCACGUCUGGAGACUAAAGAUCCUGUUUCCGUAAGGAAGGCCGGUACUGAUGUCUACACCGAGUGGUGUUGCUCCGGCAUGUUUGAGGGUGUGUUUUUAUUUUCCUUGCUCAAGUUUUUUAUUUUUAAAAUCACUUCCCCUUUUCCUUCUUUGAGUUCUUCAGGAAGAAGAUGACUUUAAGUACAAAUUUCACUUGAAAAAACCCUAGUAAUAUGAUAGUAAAUAUUUAUCUGUAUUUAUUGUAUUUUUACAAUUGCAGACUGUAGAUCUGCGAAGAGUUGGUCUUCAUCUUUUUCUAGAUUCAGCAUUUGGCUGAUUUGUGAAAGUGUGUCAGUGGAGUGUGUUAACCUCAGAGAAGGCUGGAAAUCUGGGGGGGAGGUAUGUGUAUCUCCAUGCAUAGGUAUAUAUGUAUACAUACGUAUCCUUACAGAAGGGUUGUAACAUUUGUUUUUGUUUAUUAAUGGCAGAUUUAGUGCAAAUUUCCACUCACCGUGGUAUUUGUGGGAAUCCUUUUUUUUUUUUUUUGGUAGAUCUUGUUCAUUUUAAAUAAAGGACAAAGGAUGGAAAAAAGACCCAAAAUGUCUGCAUGACUUAAAAUUUUAAUUUUACACUGAAACUGUUUACACAAAAUUAGCCCCUCUUGAUUUGUUUUGGAAUAUAUAUAUUUUAAUACAAUGUCUUUGGGGGUUUUUACUUUCUAUUUCUUAGGUAUAAGCUAUUUGUUGAUUUAGCACAGUGUGCUACGCUGUGCAGUAGGUAGUUACAAGCUGAAAUAGAUAUGAAUGAAACAGUUUGUUAUAAAAAUGGCAAGAUAAAGAGACUUACUUGGUAGUAUAUUAGCAUAUGUUGUGGUGAGGUGUGCAUACUUUGAAGGGAGGAGGCAUUAAAAUAUUUUCCUUUUGCCAAAGAAGCAUUUGUUCCCGCUGCAGGCUUCCUGGCAUCCCUUCAAUAAAUAGAGUAUCUUAAGAGCUUAAGAGAGUACCAAAAAGGCAGUUUUUGAGGGUAGAAUUUUUAGGUUGUGCAUGUUAUUUGUAAAAGCUUUGCUGGUUUUAUUGGGUUGGUUUUAGAGAGUUGAAUUAGCAUUAAGAAAUGUAGAACUUAAUCCUUCAGGAAUGCAAGUAUCAUCUACUGUUUAAGAAUUGUGAAACUUUCUAAAAUAAAUCCCAUUUAUUAAAUCUGCUUUGCAGUAGGGGAAAGAGCCAUGUCCGAGCAGACUUUGUACCAUUGGAUUUCUGACUCUGUCAUUUCACUAAUUUGUUUCAAAGUUGGUAUCCCCAACAGGCCUUCCCACCCAGGGGUUUAAUGCUGAAGCAGCAAAAUGAAUCUUAAGCUUUUUUCUUUUUCUUCAGUACUACACAGCUGAGAUGUAGAUUGCCAGUGUACAAGUACGCCGACAUCAGAAAUGUGCAAGUGUAGUACAGAAUCCAUUUUUUAAUGGAUAAGAAAUAUUACAAGUAACAUUUGAAAUAUUAAUUUUUGAGACAAUACUCUGAUCAGGAAUUUUCAGUAUUAUUUUUACUGGUGGCUUCCUCUGUCUUGGAAGGAGAUGUUUUGUUGGAAGUUUUUGUCCUCUUUUUAUAGCAACUUACAGAUCUUAAAACACAGUUUAUUUCUGAAUUGAAUCUGUAAAAGUUACUUUUGGAGUUAAAUCUUUUGAUCAGCUAAAAGGCAUUGACAUUUGUUUUAUUAGGAGUCAGACAGUAAGAGUGGAGCUUGAUUUUUUUUUUUUUGGUAUUAUUAUUUAUUUUUUAUCUUCUUUCUUCUUCCCAUAAUCUAAUUAUUUUUUAUUGAGUUCAUAUCAGUCUAUUAUUGUCUACAAGUGCAGUUCAGAAGAAACUUAGUCUGUUCUAUAAGCAGGAUGAAUCUUAACUAACAUUUCAAUAGAUGAUAUUUCAAGACUGGAAUGUUCAAUGAAUAAAUGACUUAAAUAUGCAAUUGAAGCUGAAAUGUCAUACACUAUUUUUAUAAAACAAGGAAGAGGAAAACCAAUAUAUAGACUGAAAAUGCAGCUUAAAUUCAUGUUUUUCUGGGUGGUUUUUUUAUACGAACAGUAUUUGUAUUCAUCUGUAUCUUUGGGUGAUAUUGUUCUAGAUUAAAAUAACUCCAUUCUCGCUUGUCCAAAUUUUUCUAAAGUUGGUCUACUGUAAGAGUAUUUAAUAACUAGCUAACAUGAGAGCCAGCUAUGCAAGUUGCAGAGGGGAGAGAGACCUUGUUGCUGAUUGAUCUGUGCAUUACUUGUUUUUCAAUAUGAGGUGUCACAAUACUUGGACUUCUCUUUAAUGCAUAUAUUUCUAGGUAAUUUUUGAUUGUUUGCUCUUGUUUGUCAGGUUAGUUCACAUAGAGAUAAAUUUUUCAUUGUAGUGCAAAAAAGUCUGGUUCCAGCAGUUAAAAAAAAUCACCACUUUUAAAGAGUUUUUUGCUUAUAAAAAUAGAUCUUAACUCUAAACUUAAGGUGGGAGCAGGAGAAGUUUCUGAUUUUAUUUUUUUUUCCUAGGCAGUAUAAAGAGAGACAUGCGGGAGAUAAAUGAGAGAAAAUAAGUCUUUAACUCAUUGAUACUGCUAUAAUUUUUUUCUGAGUAAAGAUUAACUCCUGAUGCAAUUAGGGAGCACGGCAUCAUUUUUGUAUGUUAUAAUAACAGGCACCAUGUUAAUAAAACUGGGACCCUACUGCUUACAGAGACAACUUUUUGUUCUGCCACAAAGGAAACAGGAGGUUCUCUGGCUUUGUUUAACAAUACUACCUGAGCAGUUUUACUGUGGACACUUACAUUUGGAGCACUCUUCUUGGGAACCUUCCUGUUACUCCCCUGGAGGAUCAGAAAUACAAAUAGCUUUUCCUGUGUGAAGAACAAGGUCUUAUAUCAAGUGCAUAUUUUUCUGUUUUGGCCUGAUGCUUCUCUUGGGCUCUUACUGAUGUUCAUUACAAACCUUCUAUUUACUUCGUUGCGGUGAGGUUAAGAUCUUACACUGAGCAGAGUGGAGCUGUUUAUUGCCAAGUUGGCUUCAAUUCUUAUAUAUCGAAUUCUGCUGAAUCCCUUUUUCUGGCGUGAAGGGAGGACGAGACUGUUGUAACACCCGUGUGGUAACAGCGUGUCAGGUUCUACUGGCAUCACAGCCAAGUUGAAGACUGGAGAGUGAAAAACCUUUCACUGGAGAGGAUGACUUUUUUUUUUUUUGAAGGCUACUGCAGCCCCAUCAGAGUACUGCUGAUAACAGAAGAACUUUUGCCUUUAUAUCAGUGGAGGAUGGAUCAAGUUUUAACUGAUAAAGGAGAAGAAUGUGUUUUACCAUCUUUGUAUUUCUUGCAAAAACUGGGACAAUGACACUGAAAUCCAUGCCUGCUGCUAGGCAGCCUGUCUAUCUGCAGCUGAACUUAGAUAAUUCCAAGAUGUAACUAUCUUUGCCUCUUACCUCCCUCUGAAUACUACUCAUGUUGUUGCAAAAUGUUAUAGUUAACUUGUGAUGGAAGAGGCUGAGUAAAUUGAAUCCAGAGUUUUUAUUACUUUUUGUAUUACAGACCUAUUUUGUAAGAGACCAAAGGUCUGUGGAAAGAAAUGGCAAGGUUCACGUGAAGUCUUCGUUGCUUUUGCUUUCAUGUGCCCUUCUUUGGACUACAAUUUGAACUUGGAUUGCAGCUGAGGUUGUUCUGUGUCUGUUGAAAGCAUAUGUGCAUUGCUUUUUUGCUCUGUAUUAACCAAAUGUCACUUAGUGUGAAGGUGAGCUUGCUAGAUGUUUUAUUUAUAGUGGUGCAAUUUGUUGUAUGUGCUUGUUAAUAAACUAUAUUUUUGGAUA